AUGACAGGGCAUUUAAAAAAAUGGUUUCCUGAUGGUUCAUCAGUAUCGAAUUUAUAUUUUUAUUUGAAAUCAGAUCAUGCAUUACCCCGUUUCGUUCUGAAAAGUUUGAUUGGAUUCGUCUGCGGCAUUGUGCUGACGUAUCUUUGCUUUAUAUUCUUUGUAUUCCAAUUGUCGAUAUCGCUCAUACACGCGACGAUUAUGAGUUCUAUUAUUGGUGUGUUACUCACGCUGGGACUGGCAUUCAGUUGCAGAAUAAGGUGCCUGAUAUUUUUGCUAAUUCCUCAACUGUUCUCUCGCGUUGGUCGUUAUACCCUGACGUGCUACGCUCUGGUCCUCAUUCUUACUGGCCCAGCUACAAAUACUUUGAGGAAUUCUGAAGUUUUGACCGGGUCUAUGGCCUGUAGUCAGGAACAAAUAAAAACAAAUGUUCGACACAUUACCGAGACCGUGAAAAAACCUUUCAACGCAAUGAAAGAGUCCAUAAAGUUAAUGGUGGCUGGAAUAAAACGGGUCACGUCCAAAAUGAAAAAAAUUAUAUCUAAAAUAAGUUUAAUGGUUACUAGUAUUGCGGACCUUAUUCAAUCAUCUUAUUCUUGGUUAAAUUAUGUUGCCAAUGUUUGCCACCAAAAGUUUGGAACUCCUUAUGACCACUGUCUGAAAUCAAUCGAUAGAGGAACGAAGUACUAUAUUAAGAGCUUAGGAAAAGAUUGUUAUUGGCUUUCCAAUAACUCUGCGGCCAAUUCGGCAUGUUUGCCUGUGAAGUCGUAUAAGACUAUUUGUAUUGUCUCUGACUACGCUACUACUUCAUUUGCUGCAACACUCAAGAGAAGGCUGCGGGAAUAUAUAAGUCGCAUUAAUACAACAUUCUUCGUCAACGCCCAAAUUCAUCACAUAUAUUCCUACAGCAGUAAUGAAAGUAAUACUUCUAGCCUAAUGGCUGCUGGUAUCGUGACUGAGAUCAGGAAAAGGGCUGAUCCUCUGCUUACUUGGUUAUCUUGGAGUUCCUGUAUUACUAGUUUGUUCUUAUUGCUCAUAAUUUUCAGAGCUAAAUAUUAUCAGCACAUGUUCGAAACGAGAUCUCGCUAUGACAAUCGCUAUGUCACAAAGGAACUGCGUGAUUUGGAUUUCAAAAGGUAUCAAGAAAGACGAGAAACUGUUCUUCCGUUGAAUAGAAGAGAACAAGCCAAAUAUAUUUGUAUAUCAUCAUUCCGUCUAGUUUCAUCAGAGAGGGUGUAUUUAACUCGUUCGAUAAUUUUCAUGGCGAUAACUACUUUCAAGCUCUUGAUACACAUGGUAGCGGAUUAUAGCCUGUAUUGGGUUUUAAUUACAAUACGUCAUCAUGGAAGGUCACAGACACCUUUAUCACCUGGUCCAUCCGACGCUGGCGUUCAUGUAUCAGGAUCUGGUAUUGUUCGAGAUUUUAUAAGAUCAAUAUUGGAUUCUAUAACAUCGCCCUUACUGCCACAAAGGUCGAUUACAGUAAAUUGUCUUCCCAAUCCCUAUCCGCCUGAUCUACAGCGUUAUGUACAAAUUGCUAUAUUAAUAAUACUCCUGUGGUUUUUUGCACUAUUCGAGCCGUAUGGACUUCGUUUCCGUCAUGUCAUCGUGGGACACUACCAACCUGAUCGAGCGAAGACGAGAGCCGUAUGGCUUUACAAUCACAUUCUAAGAACUAGAGGUAGUUUUAUGAAAUUGGCCAGGAGAAAGUUACAUCGUGAAUAUAAAUAUUCGAAGCAUGAAAAUCAGACAUUUCGUUACUGGUUGAACUCUAUUUUGCCUUGUGAUAAAUUAAAUUGCCCGGGAGUAUAUUGUAUAAGAUGUUUCUCCGAUAUCGGUCGUAUGUGCACAGUUUGCUUAUCGCCUAAAGACUAUGGUGAUUUGAGCGACAUUAGCCUAGAGAAAGGUUCGUCAGAUGAAAGUGAUAUUGACGGAGACCUAGAAUCUAAGCAAAAAGGGACUGAAAUGGAAAGACUUAUUAAAAAACCGAAAUCAGAAAAGACAAAUAGCUGCGAAAUAAAGUCGGAGAAAAAGAAAAACGAAAGUAAUGAACAAGCCAUAUUACCAGACAUUGAGGGUCAUGAGGAUAAAAUCAAAAGUCCGUGUUCAUGA